AGGAAGGAGAGGGAAGAGAAAAGAAAGAGAAGAAGGGAGGAAAGGAGAAAGAAGGAGAAGAAACAGUUUCAGCAGCCACUCUCGCCCGGACCGACAGCGGCCAAGCUCGCAUCCCAGACUCAUCCCGGUCGAAUUGCCGACAGCUUGUGAAAGAGGCUUCAACGAAGAUGGCAAAAUCGCCAGCACCUGCUUUUCAGUUGCACAAAUGAAAGCCGCGCCUGAGAAAAACCCAUGCGGAGACCUCUCGGUGGGUUGCACAUGGCUCUGGAACGAGCGGAGAAGGCGAAGGAGGAGGUGGGGCCAUCUUUUCCGACUGAUGCUGCGAUUCGAAGCGCUUCAUCCUUAUAAGAAGAGAUGCUAAUUCAGAAGUCCAAUGUUUCUCCCCCUCCCCGAGACGUGGCAAACCGGAGAGUGAUCCGAUAGCGGAUUUGAAUGUGAGGAGUCGCAUCCUUGCUCCUUGGGGGGAAAAAAACAAAACACCACCCUUUUGCUUUUCGGUGCGAAGCGAGGCGUAGAGACUGCCUGGAGUUAAAAUGCCAGCUAAAGGCAAAUACUUUUUUAAUGAAAGCGAAGGUUGCAAGUUGUCAGAUCCCUUAUACGAGAAGUAUCUUUAUGCAAGUCAACAACACCCACUGCUCUUCUUCCUGCUCUUCAUUGUGGUCGCCUAUUGCUCAACACUUAUCGUAGUGCUCGUCUCUUACGAUAAAAACGCCGGCGAACACCUGGCCUUCAUUGUUACUGUGAGCGUUGCUCUCAUCAUCUUCAUCAUCAUGUAUGUUUUAGUUUACGUCGAAUAUUACUUUUGGUGCCAGCUGAAGCUCUUUGCGGGCGUGAUCUGGAUCAGCUUGCUGGCCAUUGGAUAUGUGUCCAUUUUUGACAAUUCAAAACCUGCUGGAUGGGAACAGGUUCCAUUUUUCCUGUUCAUCAUCUUCACCACAUACACCAUGUUGCCCUUGGCUAUGAGAGACGCUGUCAUAGUUAGCUCCUUUUCGGCCGUCUCUCAUAUUAUCGUCCUCAGCGUUACAGCAGACUCACAGAAUCAACACACCUUGCUCCUUCAGCUGGUGGCGAAUGCUUUCAUUUUCCUUUGUGGCAAUUUGCUGGGGGCGUACCACAAGCAUCAAGUGCAAGAUGCCUCCUGGGAUCUGUACCGCUAUACCUUAAAAUGCAUCCAAGUCCAGAUGAAAUUGAAAAUUGAAAAAAGGCAACAGGAAAGCUUGCUUCUGUCAAUCCUGCCAGCUCACAUAUCUAUGGGAAUGAAACUUGCCAUCAUCGAGCGUCUAAAAGAAACCAACGAUAUGAAAAAGCAUGAUAAUAAUUUCCACAACCUGUAUGUGAAACGGCACCAGAACGUCAGCAUCCUGUAUGCAGACAUCGUAGGAUUCACUCGCUUGGCAAGUGACUGUUCUCCAAAGGAGCUAGUGGUAAUGUUGAAUGAACUCUUUGGGAAAUUUGACCAGAUUGCAAAGGAAAAUGAAUGCAUGAGGAUCAAAAUAUUGGGAGACUGUUAUUAUUGCGUCUCGGGCUUACCUGUGUCCUUGCCGAUACAUGCCAAAAACUGUGUGAAAAUGGGCCUCGACAUGUGUGAAGCGAUAAAGCAAGUAAGGGAAGCCACAGGGGUGGACAUCAACAUGCGAGUUGGCAUUCAUUCCGGAAACGUACUUUGUGGGGUGAUCGGACUUCGGAAAUGGCAGUACGAUGUGUGGUCUCAUGAUGUCUCCUUAGCCAACCGCAUGGAAUCUGCCGGCAUCCCUGGCCGCGUGCACAUCACAGAAGCAACACUGAAUCAUCUGGGCAAAGCUUAUGAGGUGGAAGAAGGCAACGGGCACCUCCGGGAUCCCUAUCUUGAAGCCAUGAAUAUCAAGACUUAUUUGGUGAUUGACCCCAGGUCAAAACAGCGUGCCACCAACAAUCAUUUCCCUCAAUCCAGAGUGCAGGAUGGCUUGAAGAUGAGGGCCUCUGUACGGAUGUCACGAUACCUGGAAUCUUGGGGAGCAGCUCGCCCUUUUUCCCACCUGAACCACCGAGAGAGUGUGAGCAGCGACACUUCUGCGCCCAACCGCAGACGCAGGAAGGAGAUAGCUCUGCAGCUCGCAAGUCGUCAGAGGACCACAGAGAGAAAUACCUCUCAGAAAGGAAGAAUGGAAGAAGAAAUCAACGAUAAGAUGAUGUCGACCAUUGAGGGCCUGAAUUCAGCCAAGCCGUGGUGCGGCCAGAAAGAUGAUUUCCGUGGACUGUGUGGGUUUCUGCUGUGCUUUGUCGAAACAGGAUUGGAAAAAGAGUAUCGCACAAUUGCUAUUCCCAAACUGAAGGGUUAUUUUGUCUGUGCUGGCAUUGUCCUGCUGUGCAUGUUUGCGGUGCAGAUAUGCAUUACCUCAAACUCACGAACCUUAGGAAUCUCAUUUGGGAUUGUUGCAAUCAUCAUGGGGCUGAUUUUGUGUGUCUGCUUUGCGGAUGACUGUUGGAGAUGCUGCGCAAAGCGGUGGCCACUAGCACGCUACUUCUGCCGGCUUUCUGAGAAAGUGGAGACGAUGCCAUCGGUCAGGCUUCCCCUGGCAAUCCUUGCCCUCGGCUCGCUGCUGAUAAUUGCUGUUUUCAACCUGCCAGUGCGCCAGUUUGGUGAAGAUCACACUUCCUCACAUGCCAAUCCAGCGUCAGGAAACAUUACUGAAGAUGGAUCGGUUAUGAUUUACCCGUAUUACGCCUACUGCUGCAUUCUGGGCUUCAUUGCAUGCUCCGUGUUCCUUCGAAUGAGUUUUGAACUCAAGCUAAUGUUGCUCUCAGGAGCCAUUGUGGGGUAUUUCGUCAUAUUUAACAGCAAUCCGAAUCUCACCUGCGAACAGGAAUGUGCCAAGAGGCUUUUUAUAAAAAAUCCCAGAGUGAUGAUCAAUUUGUACCUGGCACUCUUUUAUAUAACGCUGGUUUUGUUGUCCAAGCAGAUAGACUAUUAUUGUCGGCUGGACUGCCUGCAGAAAAACAAAUUCAAAAAGGAACAUGAGUCAUUUGAAACGAUGGAGAAUGUAAACAGGCUACUGCUGGAAAACGUCCUCCCAGCUCAUGUGGCGGCCCAUUUUAUUGGCGACAAAUUAAACGAGGACUGGUACCAUCAAUCUUAUGAUUGCGUCUGCGUCAUGUUUGCCUCGGUCCCUGACUUCAAGGUAUUUUACACCGAGUGCGAUGUCAACAAGGAGGGGCUGGAAUGUCUCCGUCUCCUGAAUGAGAUCAUCGCCGAUUUUGAUGAGCUGCUGCUAAAGCCUAAGUUUAGUGGGGUUGAAAAAAUCAAAACUAUUGGGAGCACGUACAUGGCAGCAUCUGGAUUGUGUGUGGUACCUGGUCAAGAGAAUAAUGUGGAUCAAGAAAAACAGUGUGCUCAAAUUGGCAUCAUGGUGGAAUUCGCAAUGGCCUUGAUGACUAAGCUAGAUGGCAUCAACCGCCAUUCGUUCAACAAUUUCCGUCUACGUGUCGGCAUCAAUCAUGGACCGGUAGUAGCUGGUGUGAUCGGUGCUCGCAAACCCCAAUAUGAUAUUUGGGGAAACACGGUCAAUGUUGCCAGUAGAAUGGAGACUACUGGAGAACUUGGAAAAAUCCAGGUUACAGAAGAGACCUGCAAAAUCUUGGAGAGCUUAGGAUAUGCUUGCGAAUGCCGAGGUUUGAUUAACGUGAAGGGAAAGGGAGAAUUGGUCACUUAUUUCGUCUGCACCGAUACAGCCAAAUCUCAAGUUUUUUGACCCGAACGAGAAGAAUGCUGAGAAAUGACGGUUGAAAUAUCUCGACGGACUUUGCUUUCAAUUUUUAGCAACUGUUAACAUUUUGUCUCCUUCUGUAAAAAGGAGUUUGUGCCGAAUGGCAAUCCGUGCUGGGCGUUUUGCAUCUCGAGAGAAGAACGCAAGAGGUUCUUGAAAGAUGUUUACAGUGGUUGAGUCUACAGUUGAGUCCAGUUGCAUCUAGAGUUGAGUCUAGUUGAGUCUACCUAAUGCCAAUUUUUGCUUCCUGCCACAGAGGACUCAGAAAUUUCUGUGGACUGGCAGUCAAGCAAGAGGAUUUCUUGGUUCAAGGUGUCAUCCUCUUCUGCUCCCUCCUUGCCUUUUUGUGCGGGAUAGAUUUGACAAUUGCGAUAGCACUGCCUUGAACAAAAAUCAGAUGACAAAGAGACCAGAUUGGAACUGUUCAUCUGCUCUGCCAUUAAUUUGUGAUUCCUCCUCUCGUUAUCCAUUAGCGACACCCUCAGAUCUGCUGCGGAUGUCCCGAAAUGGCACUUCUGCUUUUCUCUUCGACUAACAUUUUGAGACUCCAAAAAAAACCUCCACUUUUUUUCUUGCACUCCUUCUAUCCCGUCACGAAAUAAAUGAGACCUAUCUGUUUUUAUUCGCUACUUACCUCGUUUCUGUUCUGGAAAAGAACAGCCUGAGAGAGAAACUUCCCCCAGCUGAUGCAUUUUCUGGAAUUCACUUCUUGGGCUUGGUAUCAAACACUUGAGGAUUUGUGUCUUAAAAUGUGCUUAUUUUUUGAAGGACUCUGGGAAGCCUAUUUCCUUCCUUUCUCUCUCAUUUGUCUUUGCAAGAUGCUAUUUUUGAGUUCAAUAGCCAUUCGGCAGCCUAUAGUAAUGUGGAAAUUCCUGCGUUUUCGGUGCAAAAUUCAGGUUCUUUCUUUAAAUAGCAAACCCGCUUAUAUAAAUUAUGGGCAGCUUUUACUACAACUGCACUACUAAUCUUAAAACAGAAUGAUGGAUAAUUCCCGGAAUGGGUUAUGGUGUAGAGAAGAUAUUGUGCCAUUUUUUUGUUCUUGGUGGUCAGUAACACCCUCAUAAUUUUGAGUGAUGUAGAGCAUUAUAGACGAUGUUUCCAUGACCAUGGCAGCUUCUAUACCAACACCGUACAGUAAGUGUCCGUAUCCUUCUGCUGAAUUUUAUCUUGUGUACGUUUGCGACCAAAAUGAACGAGAAGCAGGCCAAGAUAGUCCUUGACUUACAACCUCCAAUUGGGACCAGAACUUCCACUGCUAAGCCAGGUGGGUUUUUUUUUAAGUGAGCCGUGCCUGAUUUUAUGACCGUAUUGCCAUGGUUGUUAAUCAAUUAUUGUUAAAUGAGUCACAGGGUCGUUAAGCGAACCCAACCUUACCGUAUUAAUUUUGCUUGUUGGAAGCCAGCUGAGAAAGUGGCCAAUAGCCAUGACCUUGAGAUGCAACAACCACACAGGUUUCCAAGUGCCCAAAUUUGGAUCGUGGAGACGCUGCGUUGGUUGUGAGGACAAGGACCUCGUUACUUUUUUCAGGGUCGUCGUAAAUCUGAACGGUCAUUAAAUGAAUGGUGGUAACUUGAGGUCUACUGUGUCCAUGCCAACAAUGUUUCUUCCCGUUAUUCAUCUCGAUUAUUUCAAAGUAGGAUUCUGCUUUUCGUGUCAGGAAUCCCAAAGAAUCCCAUCGGCUGUUUUUUUUUGAAGUGUUACUAAUCUUUACCAUCAACUGAAGAGUUGGUUUUGACUAGGUGCGAAGCUGCACAACAAAAUAUGACAAAGCUCUGAGGCCUUUCAGGAAUUGGUUUGGGGUGGGGGGACAACCCAUGU